UUACAGCACUUUUACUGUUAACAGACCCGCUUAUUACUGACAGUAAAAUUCCAACGUGGCACCAAAACAUUCUCACUAGACAACUACUACCCCUACUAAUAACUCUUUUAUUUCUCCUCCAUAAAUAUAGUUCUCUUGUGUGUACAUUUACGGUCAUUGAUCUUCAUGGUUUUUGUGCUAACUUUUUCUUAAAGCUGCUAAAUUUUUGUUUCUGUUUCAACUCUUUUUCAUGUCUAUUUAAUUAGAUUCUGGAUAAGCAGGAACUUGUGUUAGACUCGACCUAAUCAGUUAUUGUCUCCUCCAUAAAGGCUUCUUUUCUUUUCUUUACCUUUUCACCUCAAAAAAGUUCGAAAUUGAUUCCUAUCGUGAAUUAAGUUGCAUUUUUCCAUCUUAUAUAAAUUGGUUGAUCCCUUUCAUUUUGUUACUCCAAGAAAAUAUUCAAGAUGUUAGAUGCAUGGCUCAAAAGCAAAUUCUUCGCCAAAAGUAAGUCCACAAUAAGGCACACAAAGACUCGAAUCGAGAUGGUAAAAAGGAAGAGGAAUGCAAUGUUAAAGUAUUUGAAGAAUGAUGUAGCUGACCUGCUUAAAACUGGUUUGGAUAUUAACGCUUAUAGCAGGGCUGAAGGACUUCUGGUUGAGCUCAAUCUCUCUAGAUGUUAUGAUCUCUUGGAGCAAUAUUGUGAGCACAUCUCAAAUAAUCUCUCAGUGAUGUACAAACAGAAGGACUGCCCCGAGGAAUGCAGAGAAGCUGUGGCAUCUUUGAUUUUUGCAGCAGCAAGAUUCGCGGACGUGCCAGAAUUACGCGAACUAAGAAGUGUAUUUACUGAUAGAUAUGGAAACUCUAUUGAAUGUUAUGUCAGUAAAGAGUUUCUCCAGAACUUAAAGUCAGUGCCACCGACAAAGGAGAUGAAGCUUCAGUUGAUGAAAGAUAUAGCAUCAGAAUCUGGUAUAGAAUGGAAUUCAAAGACUUUGGAGCAGAAGCUAUUCAAUCCACUAGUGCCAGAACAAGAAUGGACCAAGAGUCGGAAUGAUCAGAAGCACAAUCUACACAAUAAGAUGGAUGAACCAGCUCAGAAGAAAGAAUCUGAGGUUGCAAAGUUGAAUAGUGAGAAAGCGAGGCAACUUACAACUAAGGAUAAAUUGGAGCAUAAUUCAUUCGGCGGAAAGGUAGUGCCGGAUGAUGAACAUAGCUCGCCAAGGAGGAGGAGAGAGAGAAGUUACAGAAGGGAAAGAGAUAGCCUUAGCAGAAAAUCAGACGACUCGCCUCCAGUCAAAGAUAUUGAAGUGGAUAGAACAGUCAUUGAAAGGCCACAAACUAAACCAGAGAUUGAGAUGGUUCCUGAAGAAGAAUCUGAUGAGAAGAAGCCAUUCAAUUAUAGGUCAAUUCUCCCUCCUUAUAUCAGAUCAAGAGUGAGCUUAACAAAAAACACUUCGGAUGCCUCUCCCACUAGUUCCACCGCGAACGCGGCCAAUGAUGAAGAAAAUUUCAAGGAUAAUAUAUCUGAAAAAGCCAAGGACAAGCCAAGAUCAGCUAGGACUAGCCACACAAAAGUCACAGUUGUCGAUGAUAAGGAACAAAAGGAUGAAGAGGAAAAACUGAUGGAUAGGCAAUUGAUGCACCUCAGCAGGAAAAAGUUCCAAAGAUCAGUUAACAAACCUAAAGAACCUGCAGUUGACAGUACUAGUGAAGUGUCAAGGCGGAGAAGUAUGGGCAACAGGGCGACAUCCCUUCCAGUAGAACUGGAACAAACAAGUCCAAGGGAACUAAGUAAAGGGCACCAUCGAACAAAUUCAUUUCAACCUGAUAUGUUGGGUUCAAAUAGGCAUGUCCAUCCUAAGCUACCAGACUAUGAUGACUUUGUGGCUCGACUGGCGUCUCUUAGAGAGCAAUCAAGAGAAUAGAUAUUUAGUUAGAUGAACUCAUAUUCCUUCAUACUACGUUUCACAUUUCUUCAUUUAUAUGUUAGGAUUGUUGUCUGUAAGCAGUAUAAAAUAGCUUAUCUCAUGCUAUUGUAAAUAAACUAGCUAAAUAAAGUUUACGUGUGUACUGUCCUUUUAUAGAAUUCUAGAGUAUUUACGUCCCAUUAGUUCAAGUA